CAAGAGAGGCGGAACUUCCGCUGACAAAAGAUGGAAUGAGCGGAAACCGCUGCAGAAACCAACCGCCUUUCCUCGCGUACUGUAUCUGGAGCAGGUCUCGCUGUCUGUCGGCCUGAAAAACGGACCGCGGACGAACACAAACGAGCAGAACGAGGAGCGGUGCACAGAGGGACGACAAGAUGCCGCACAACUUCCGGCCCGGGGAUAUUGUCUUUGCUAAAAUGAAGGGCUAUCCCCACUGGCCGGCCCGGAUUGAAGAUGUUGCAGAAGGGGCUGUCAAACCUCCGCCUAAUAAAAUCCCCAUUUUUUUCUUUGGGACUCAUGAAACAGCAUUCCUUGCACCCAAGGACCUUUUUGCAUAUGAAAAGUACCAAGACCAAUAUGGGAAGCCCAACAAAAGGAAAGGGUUCAAUGAAGGCUUGUGGGAAAUCCAAAACAACCCUCAUGCCUCCUAUAGCACACCUGCACCUGCAUCAUCAUCGGACAGCGAGGACAACCAACCUGCGCCGGGCAGUGAUGCGGAAGAAGACAAGGAAGCAGUGGUGCCGAGGAAAGCUGAAACCGGAAGUGAUGGCUCUGACUCUGGAAGUGAGGAUCAAAGGAAGACGGCAGUGAAGCGGAAAGCUCCUGCUGCGAAGGUAUCCAAACAUGAUUGAUUGUAUAUCCUCACAGUCAUCUCAUCUGUCAUUUUUCUCUCUUCUCUUGCAGU